AACAGUAAACACAAACAACUCACGAAUGCUUGCUUUUUGCCAACAAUUCGAAGUGAAUGCUGCGGACGCGACGCGGACGUUCGGCUGCUCGCGUUUACUGGAUUCAGUAGAAUCGAUCUUGUCGAGACGAGCAAAUGUAACGAGCGGAUAUACCAACUAACUAACUGCCUAGGCACAUAGUGUAUAGUGAAUGUCUAAGGUGACUGGCGAAAACCCUUUCCAUAAUUUGUGUUGUCUUUGAUUUUUAAUGUGUGACCAAAGCCUAAAUGGCAAUUUGAUUAUGAAAUGAAUAUUGUUAUAACAUAAAAAACAAAAUUUUGAAAAUACACUGAAAAAAAUCUCUUUGCAAAAAAUUAUAAAAUAUUUUAAACAAAUACAUGAAAAAGUGAAUAAUGUGAAAUAAUUUAUAAAUUAUGUGUGGUAUUUAAAAAAAAAAAAAUUCAAAGAAAUAUAUAAAAAAGUGCAUGUGUCAAAUUAAUUAAAAUACCGAAAAUUCUUUCAAAAAUAUCUACUAAAUAGUAAAAGUGAAGGAAAAUUGUGUUUCUGGUGUAGUAAUGUUAAAACUUAUAUUCAAACUCAACAAUAAGCUUCAGCUAACAUCAAAAGGAUGGCGUUCCAAAUGCUGAAAUCCGCACUUGAUGGUAGCGUGCACCAUCAUCAUCAUCAUGGUCAACAUAGUAAUGGAGUUGUUCUAUUAAAAUAUGAAUCUAAAUUGAAUUCCGGUUCGUGGGAGGAUUCCCUACCAAAACUAGAUAUCAACAGCACUGAGCUAUCACCGCUCGGCGAUAGCAACAACGGCAGCAUCACGACUACUACUACGGCACAAUUGCAUCAUAACGCCAACAGCGCUACGUUGCAUCGUCCCGAACCGUUGAACGCAUCGCGCUCCUCAUACAACAGUCUGCAUACUUUAUUGAACAGCAGCGCGCUUGCAGCACCGCUGCAACAAUAUCAACCACAACAACAACAGCAUCAUCAUCAUCAGCAUAGUAAAAGCUGUGGCAGUCCGAGCAGCAUCGGCCGGCCAACUAACGAAGCGGAAAUCACCGCAACCGCCGUAGUUGAGCAUACAAACAACACAAUUGCCGGCGGAAGUAUCAGCACCAACGGCGGCUCAGCGGCCGUUGGUGUCAGCACCGCAACUGCAACCACAGAUACCGUUACAGUCAACAAUCAAAGCGUCGCCACUGUAAAUUCCGCCACAAAGAAACGUCUCGAACACAACGCCUCUACACGUUCCGUGCAAUCGGAGGAUAGUUGGUGUUCAGAGCAAUCGAUAGAACAGGAGGCGAACGCCAACAGUACGCUCUCGGCAUCGGACGAGGAAGCAGCUACGGAGGACGAACGUGAACGUGAACGCAGCAGCGUGACGUCGUUGAGCGCAACCAAUCAACGCAAUUCACAAUUGCGUUCCACACUCAACAAGGCCAAACAGCAUUUGUCCUUUGACAAAUGGCGCACGAGUUCCUCGAACAGUGGAAACGCUGCCAACAACACAUCCACCAACAAUUCCGCAACCCAUUCGGCGUUGGGCAGCAACGGCGCCGCUGAUAGCAGUGGCAACAGCACGCAGACACGUCGUGCUAGCGCCUGCACCAUGCCGACAGCACAUCAGAGCGCACGUGAGGACAUCACCACACCAGGUGAAUCGCCGGGUGGCCGCCUCUCACGCUGGUUCUCGAUACGACGCGGUUCAUCACAUCAGUACGAUGUGGGUGGCCGCCAAUCGGCCGCGUCCAGCAUUGAUAUGCCAGAUGCAGCAGCGUUGUCAGCUUGCGGCGAUUCGGCACAUGCAUCGCCACAGAAGUUGAACACCAAAAAAAUGCCUGGCGUGCCAGAGAACGAUGACGAAGAAGCCGCCUUAACGGCAUCACGCUUUGAUCUGGAUCUAAUGUUACCGCCAGGCAGUCGCGCCAACGGCUCGGCAACCAAUGCGCACACCCGCCUCAUCACGCCCAUGCUGCCGCCCGCACCGCCGGGCCUGUCGCAGCAGCAGCUGAAGCGGCGCCACAUUGUGGCUGCAAUAGUGCACAGCGAGAACUCAUAUGUGGCCACUUUGCAACGUCUAGUCAAUGAUUAUAAGAAACCUCUCGAAGAGAGCAACCCACCUGUUUUGAGCGGCUCCAAGAUCGCCACACUCUUUCAUCGCCUGCCCGAGAUACUGCAAGCGCACAAAUUAUUCCGCAUCUCACUCGCCGAAUGCGUAUGCAAUUGGGAUCGUGACGAGCGUUUGGGCGAUUGCUUUGUGAAUGCCUUCAGCAAGCCGCGCAUACUCGAAAUCUACUCGGGCUUUAUAAAUAAUUUCUCAUUAGCCAUGGAACUCGCCAAAAUGGAGGAGAAACGUAAAUCAGCACUCGCCGAUUUCUUCAAAGUCAAACAAAUAAGCGCACACGAUCGUCUCUCAUUCUUCGGUUUGAUGGUUAAACCAGUGCAACGUUUCCCACAAUUCAUACUCUUUCUACAGGAUAUACUAAAGUAUACACCGCAAGGUCAUCACGAUCGUAUGUCACUACAAUUGGCGUUGACACAAUUGGAAUUACUCGCUGAAAUGUUGAACGAACGUAAACGUGAGGCGGAACAAUAUCAAGGCUUCAAAGAGAUGUUAGGUCACAUCACCGGCACCUUCAAUGCACGCUCACUCACCUCCACCGAUGGCAAUCGUGCGCGUUAUCUUUUACGUGAGGAUAAUGUGACACAUGUCGAGUUCAAUCAGGCUGGUCUUAUUGUAAAGUCGAAGCAGCGUCGUCUAUUAUUGCUCAAUGAUAAGGUCAUUUGUGUUUCGGUCGCACCGAAGCAGUCACAUGAUUUUGGCGCUACGGAGAAGCUGAGUUUCAAAUGGAUGUACCCAGUGACAGAUGUGGAAAUCGUGGACAACAGUACUUCCGCAACGCUCUCGAGAAUAUUAACUGCUGGUCUCAAUCGCGGCGGAAGUCUCAAGUCCAACAGUAGCUCCUGCAAUAACAGUCACUCCAAUACGCUACCAAUCAAUGCCACACACUCACAUGGUGGUCACUCACUGGACAGCUCUCCAGCUGCACAACUCACAAAUGGCGCCGAUAAUCUCUGCUCUGAGAUGAGCACACUCAUGUACGACUAUGAAGUAAUCUCACGUAUACACGAUCUCGUCAGCACACUGAAGGGCACAUACAAAGAGCUCAAUACGAAUACCACACGAAAUGUUUUGAAUACCAUUCAGGCCUCGAUACAACGCAAAGACGAAGAAAUGGCUUGGGUGGACUCGUGUUGCCUGCAAUUGAUAGCGCGCAACAAGUCGGGCAAGGAGGAGACCUACACAUUCCAGACACAGACACCGAAUGUGAAGAAGGAAUGGAUCACGGAGUUGCGUCUAGCACAAUUGGCUUUGGAUCCAAACAACUCGCCCGCCUGGGAGACGUCCACUUCAACAGAGCCACAAUCACUGUCGGGCAAUAGCUACGAGCAGCAGCAACAGGUGAUGCAGCGGCAAUCCACCAAGCUCCCACUUUUCGUCAAAGCGAUCCCAGUCUACAAGUCACAGCAUCAAACAGAGGUGCGCUGUGGUUGUUAUUAUACUAUCGCCAACGACUUAAAGUUGAGCGGCAAUGCACGUCGCCGUCACAAACAACAAAACUACCUGUGGGUCUGCACCAGCGAUGGCACAUCCUCACACAUAGCAGUGCUCUCGCAGCAUCACCAACAGGCCGGUAAUCUUCGUGAUGUGGGCUCCUUCGACUUGGUCGAGACUCAGGUGACCGCCAUGGAGUUCGUCAAGGGACUGGAUAGUGUGAAGAAACGUGAGGAGCACAAUAGCCUGCUGGGCGAUCUCGUGUGGAUGGGCACAGACAGUCGUAAGUUAUUGAUUUACUCAGCACAGAAUCCCGAACAGGAGGAGCAAUUGGGCUGCUGCACUGUACCUGGCGCCGUUACACGUAUACUCUAUCACUUCGAUGUCGUCUAUGUGGCGCUCUCAAAUGCCAUAAUGCUCAUCUAUCGUCGCUCGUACGAUGGCGUCUGGAUGCUCAAGGACCCACAAGUAGUGCUGCUGGGCGAUUCCGGUUUGCCAGUGCCAAGUCUAUUGCCAAUCAAUAUGAAUAUUUACGCUUCGUGCGCGAAUCGCGUUUAUGUGCUCAAUGCGCUCAACGGUGAGAUACAGAAGAGUUUUGAGGUGCAACAUGGCGCCAAUCAACAGGUCAACUUGAUGGCACAUUCCGGUAUUGGUUUGUGGAUCUCGCUGAAGAACUCAACUGUUUUGUGUUUGUAUCACACAGAGACCUUUAAGCAUUUGCAAGAUAUCAAUAUUGCCUCAAGUGUGUUGCGCAGCGAUGGCAAGAAGGAGCAGUCGGUGAACAAUAGUUCCAUAUAUGUAACCGCACUCAUGGCUUGCAAGGGUUUGCUGUGGGUAGGCACGAAUGUUGGCAUUGCCGUCACCAUACCACUACCACGCCUCGAAGGUGUGCCUAUAAUCAGCGGUGGCAUAAAUAUGUCUUGUCACGCACACUUCGGUCCGAUUACUUUCCUGCUGCCACUUAUACCGCGCGUUUAUCCAAGCUACAAACAACCACCGACACAAACGCUGCCUGUCGCCUUUUGUGCGGAGCCCACCGUUACAGUGCCUAGCAUGGGUGAUGACCUACAAUUGCCCGCAAUCGAUGCCGAUCCCAAGAAGCUAACUGAGGCCGAUCUGGACGAAUCGACGGUGAUAUUACGUCGUGACUUGCCAAAGGAUGAUUCAGCUUUCUCGGGCACCGCCUCACCCUCGGCUUCGAUGUUGCGCGAACUCAGCGUGGAUGGUGACUCGAAUGCCUCUUCGCCGCGUUGCUCCAAAUUGGAUAAGCAGAAUUCAUUCGAUCAAUCGCUCUCGAAGUUACGCGCUUCACUUGUGAACUCGCCAGCUUUCCAUCGCAAACGUUUCCGCGAUCUCUCCUCCGAUUCAGCGCGCAUGGCGAAGACGCUGCCACGUGGUUUCAACACGAGCAUGCACUCAAACACGAGCACGCUCAAUCAUAGCGAACAUGGCUGCUGUGACGUCUACGGCUUGUAUGGCAAACUGAUUUUCGUGAAAGAGGACUACGACGCAGAGGAGGGCACACAGGGUAAUCUCAUGGACAUGAUGUACGAGGGCAUGCGUCGUUCCGACCCCGAAUUGGCGGCCAUACCCGGCAAGGUGAGCACACUUGACCGCCGCUUGCGUAUGAAGGCUUCACGACCGCGUUCACUCGAUCUCUCAAACUGGUCGGUGGACUCGAAAUCGUCCAGUCUCUACACCUCAUCGGGCAGUGAGGAAAGCAUGGGCAUACGACUUUUCGGCGGACGCUCUGUAUCGCGCAACAGCAGCAGCGCUAGUCACAAAACCUCAGGCAACGGCAGUGAUUUGGGCAACAUAUCCGAGAAUGGCCUAAUGACCAGCACCGAAGUACACCAACAUCACAGCACACCCAAAUCGGAUGACGGUUUCAAACUGCUGGAGAUAAAGCAAGCAAAGAACGCGUGCACAAAUGCAGGCGGUGCAUGCACGCCACCACCGGCCGCCGCUGUGGCGACACUCAAGCGCAAACAGAAGCAAACGAACAAACAACAACAGCAACAAAAUGCCGACGGACCGCGCACCAUAAUCACGCUGAUGGGCGGACGCGGUUACUGGCGACACGUCUGGUACAACAACGCCAACUCGCCGAACAGCAAAUCGGCAACGCUGAGCAGUGGCGCCUCAACACCGCUAAUCGCCAACUCGAACGACGCACACAUCGUGGUGUGGGAGAAAAAGUUAUAAUCGCAGGAGUUCGAGUGGCGCCCCUUGCAGCGUAUCGGGCGUCGCGGUCGUGUGCGCUUUCGCGGCAGUUACAUGUCGCGCGAACGUGUGUGCAAUGGCGGCGCCACCAACCGUGGACUGGGCGUGCUCAGCGCCAGCACGCUCAAUGUGCGCGGUAAGGAGAGCACUGGUUUCUUGGCGAGCAGUAGCGGCAUGGGUUUUAAGCGUUUCGCUAAAUUGAAACGAGGUGGCAGUCUGAAGGAGUUUUGAAUGAAUCAAAAUCAAAAUUUGUUAACGUUAGUAAUUGUAGGCUUAAUGGAAUCUUUUUUAUGAAUUAAAAACGAAACAAAAAUGUUUACAUAUUAAUUGUACAGUUAUGGAAAUUAUAUCUAAGUAUCAAGCUGAACUGAAUUGCAUGGAAUUUGAUGUUUACUUGUUGUUGUUGUAUGGAAAAAUGGAAAACCAAGUACAUAAAAUCGCUUAAAAAAAAUCAAAAUAUUCUGCACAAAUAAAUGUAACGGUAAAUUGAAACACACAAACAUACAUAUAUACACCACAUAUUUAUAGCAUAAGCUGAAAGUACUGAGUCUAGAACUGAAAGAAAAACCAACUGCUGAAAUCAACAAGUAUCUUUAUUAGUGAAGCUUUAUGUAGCGCAGCUGCGCAUGUGUAAAAAUGAAAAUUUGUAUUAUUUGCUGAUUCACCCAUUUUGCGAGAGAAACUAAUGUCAUCUAUCUGUACAUUAAAAUUGCCUUUUGCUUGGAAUAAAACAUUUUUUGAAUGAAAAUAUUAUUUCAUUAUUUAAAAUAUUUACUAUAUUAUUUAAUAUAUUUAUAACAUAUUUCCUUUAUCAAUUGAAUUAUUAAUUUUUUAAAUUUUCAAUAAUUUUUAUUUAAAAAAUUUUUUUUUUGUGUUAUUACUUUUUUUUAAUUUUUUUGGUUAUUUUUUUAUCUAAUAUUAUAUAUUUUUUUUUUUGUUAUUUAUAUUUUAUGUUUUAUUAUUUUAUUUAAGGCUUAAAUUUUUACAUUAAACUAUUUUUUCAGAUUUCGUUUAAUUUUUUUUUCUUAUUUAUUAUGUUUUCUUCUUUUUAAGGCUUACAUUUUUACAUUCAAAAUUUUUAUGUAUUUCAAUUUUCAGUUCAUAUUUGUUUAUAUUUGUUUUUUAUAUUUAUUUAUUUAUUAAUUUUUUUGAAGCUAACUUAGAAAAUUUUUUUACUUUAAAUUUUCAGUUUUUUAUUUUUUUUUUUAUUAUUUACCUUUUUUGUGUAUUCAUUUAUUAAUUUUUUAAGCUAACCUUUUCACUUUAGAACUGUUUUUAAAUUUCAAUUUUCAAUUUGUAGUUUUCUUUUCUAAUGUUUUACAAAGUUUUUAUAUAUUUUUAUUUCUGUUUUUUUUUUUUGUAAAAGUUUAUAUUUACACUAAUUUAAACCAGUUGACUUGCAUAAAAUAAAGUAAACAAUUUUACAAAAGGAGUAAAAAAAACUCUGCUUUUACCUUUAUAAAGUUCCAAUUAAUAUUUUUUGUUUGAAAUAUAAUUAUCUAUUUUUUAUUUCUUAUAAAAAUAUUAGGAAAUAAAAAGAUGGAUUUCAUUAUAAUUUGUAUUUCAUUAGUAACGAUAAAUUUAACAAAUUUUAUUUAUUUUAUAUUCAAUUUCUUUUUAUUAUUUUAUUUCUGUUUUUCUUUUGUGAAAACCUAAAAUUGAAAAAUGCUUUAAAUGGUCUAAUAAUAUAUUAUUUUCUCUAAUUUAUUUAUUUAAUUAUUUUUAUUUUAUUUAAUCAUUUUUCAUUUUUGUUUUUCUUUUGUAAAGACUUAAAAUUGAAGCCAGUUUUACUUGAGAGAAAAAUAUAUAUUUUCUUUAGCUUAUUUUUUACAUAUUUUUUCAAGGUGAAUUCCUGUUAAUAUUAAUUUUUUUUUUUAAUUAUUUAUUUAAUUUAUUUUUUGUAUUUGUCUCGCAGUAUUGUGUAAAUCAGUAAAACCGAAACCAUUUGAAGAGCUAUAUUUAACAACAGAAAAAUUGUAAAUACAAAGGAAAAUGAGAAUAAAUUUGUUUAGGGAUUUUUCAAUAUAUAAUAUGUAUAAAAAUUGUAAUAGUUUUAGAAACUGAUCUGAAAAAGUAUACAAAUUAAUAAUGCUGAAUGUUUAAAUCAAAAUAUUUAUAUAUGUUUGAAAAAAUUUACUACUAUAUAAUGGAAAACGUUAUAUAUUGCAGUUUAUUUCGCAUUUCCCGCUCAGUUUGCAUUUUUUUCUAAUUUUCUAUUUUUCGACAUCAGUGUCGUCGUCUCUACACUCAACUUGUAAUGCAACACUACCAAGUAAUGAUGCCACAUGCAAUUUAACUACUCUGAGUAGCAUAACUUUCUUGCCACAAACAAUCAAACGACCCUGUAGCGUUUACGAACGAACACUUACGAUUCACUUUACGACCGACGAUGUGCCACCUUCACUCUCAGCCACUUGGUCACAGGCGAAAUUAAUACAAUGCCAAGUUGGUCAUAUAUUUUGUAAAUAUUGAUAAAUGUUAAGCGUAGCUGCAGUUAAACUCUAUUGUAUGUAUAUUUAGAUAUUUGAAAAUUCAUAUUUUUUAACGUUUCAAUGGAUUAUUUAUGUAUAUUGUUAUGAAAAUUACGAUUUUUUUACGAUUUUUGAAUUCUUUGUUAUGCAUGUUAAAUAUGCUUAAAGUGCAUAUAUGUGCACACAUAUUUAUAUAUUUACAAUCUACAAUACCUUUAAAAACAAAACCAAUUUGAUAGUGAAGGCACACUUUUCCAGGCUUUUUGUAUUUUUAUAUUGAUCAGCUAAACGACUUAAAGUAGAAAAUAUAUGGCAUAUACAACAUUAUAUUUGUAUGUAUGUAUUUGUAAGUAUGUAAUAGCAUAAAAUAUUUGUUAAAUUCAGUAUGUAUAUGAGAUCUAGUUAAAUAACACAAAAAGUUAAUUGUUAAUGCAUACAGGCACGUACAGUUAAGCUAAGCUUAGUAGAGUACAAGCUGCAAAUAUUUUUGAACUGUGUACUUGUAAUUAUAAAAAUAAAUUAGUUUAAAACUUGAAUUUCGAAUGCUAAAUUUAACAGCUGAAUUAAUUUAGUUAUUAAAAAUGUUUAAUAAAAUAAUUAAAAUUAUUUUUUAUUUUUAUUUGUUUAAUAAGUUAACAUUUUUCUUAAUAUAAGCACUCAUUAUGUAACUAAAACUUGAAUUCUCAAUUUUAAUUUUUUUUUUUUCAUAAUCAACUAACGCCAUUAUACACAUUAAUUAUAAUUGGUGUUGCGUAUUUGUAGGUUAUGAACACUUACUUUUAAGCCGCACCCACACACACACACUAACACUUGUACAUAUAUAUACUGCUUAAUUGCGCUAGUUUCAUGGUUUCAAUGCAACUCUGCCGUGCUGCUGUGACCGCUUUGUGUUGCCAGCGAAAAUCACAUGUUUUCUGUAACAAAACAAAAACAAAAUCAAUUACAACAAACACAAAUAAAAUGUGGCACAAGCAACAUUGCAUUUUUCUAGCUUAAAAAGUACUAACUGUAAAUUAGUUAUUAUUAUUAUAAUUAUUAUAAACUAUGGAGUAUAUAAAAUAAUUAAGAAUUUGAAUUGCUAUUAAUUUAGCUACAACAACACAAACAUAUGAUCAGUGAUACUGCUAUAACUGUUAUAAGUAAUUAUUUAGUUUAUAUAAUGAACCUGCUUGUAUGUGUUCCCACUCGCGCUACCCCCUUUGCCAAACACUAAGCUCAUGAAUAGCAUUCUCAAGCGAUUUUUAGCGAACGAAGAAUUUGAAAGAUACGAAAAUAUAUGAACCGAAAAAUGAAACGAAUAUUGAAAACAUUUUCAUGCAUAAAUAAAUAAUUACAACAACAAAAUAAUAAACAAUAGUUAAAUAUAACGGCAGGCACAAAAUAAACGUCAGCACACACAUACAUACAUAUUUACAUGACACAAAAAUAAAUAAAAUUUAGUUAAAUGCCAACUUAAAUGUCUACAAACCGAUAAAAAUACAUAAAAACAACAAUAACAAAACCAAUUGCAAGUGCAUCAAAUAUAUUAUAGAUACGAUUAUAAAUGUUAUAUAAUUAAGUGAUAAACAAGCAACAAACAUGAAGUAUAUAUGCAUAAUGCAAAAUGAACAAAGUUGUAAACUUAAAUUAAAAAUUAAAAAAAAUAUUAAAAUAUAUGAAUUUUAAACCGAUUAAGCAUUAACAAAAAACCAUUUAAUAUAAAAAAAUAAAGAUAAAUAUUACAAAAAAAGUAUAGUUGUCGUAAAUAAUAUACAAAUAUACAACAAGGCAUUAAACAAUUUAUACUCGUAACAGCAACAACAACAAAUAUUGUACAACAUAUUCACACUAAACAAAAAUUACAGUAAUUAAAAAUAAAAAUAAAUCAAAUAAAAUAAAUUUAAAAUACAGUGAAUUUAAAAAAUCACAUACAUAUAUACUAAACGUGGGUGUAUAUGGUCAGUAGGUAUUCAUUUGAAUUAAACAAAUAUACAUACAUAUAUAUAUUAUAUAUAUUAUUGCAUUAUUGAGCAAAUUAUUAUCGAAUAAAAAAUUAAUAUGUGUAUAAAAAAAAACAAAAUCAAAUAAAA